UAAGUGUCAUGGAAGCCCUUACGCGCUCAUCUCCGGCGUAAAGUCGUGUUUUCUUUCUCGCUCAUUUUCCUCUUAGUUCUUCUUUAAUAGAAAUUGAGCCAUGAGGCGUUUACUACAGCUUGGACGUUCCUUUUCGCGCUGCCGUGUGCGUUUGUGUCACCUUAGCGUGUACAAAAGUCACGACCAGGUACGACGUGUGGCAGUGGACCUCGGAGACAAAAAGCUGGAGAUCUCCUCUGGGAGGCUCGCCAAGUUUGCCGAUGGCUCUGCUGUAGUCCAGCUGGGCGACACCUCGGUGAUGGUGACAGCUGUGAGCAAAACUAAACCGUCUCCGUCUCAGUUCGUGCCUCUGGUGGUAGACUACAGGCAGAAAGCGGCGGCGGCCGGCAGGAUCCCAACCAACUAUUUGAGGCGAGAGCUGGGCACCACCGACCACGAGAUCCUCACCAGCAGGCUCAUAGACAGAUCCAUUCGACCUCUUUUCCCAUCCGGUUACUUUUACGACACUCAGAUUCUGUGUAACUUGCUGGCCGUGGAUGGCGUCAACGAUCCAGACGUGCUGGCUAUCAACGCAGCCUCAGCCGCUCUGGCUCUCUCGGACAUCCCUUGGAACGGACCCAUUGGAGCGGUGCGUAUGGGAUUGAUGGACGGCGAGCUGCUGGUCAACCCCACGCGAGCCGAGAUGGCAACCAGCACGCUCAACAUGAUCGUGGCCGGAGCCCCCAGCAGUCAAGUGGUGAUGAUCGAGGCGUCGGCCGAGAACGUUCUGCAGCAGGACUUCUCUCACGCCGUCAAGGUGGGCGUCAAGCACGCGCAGCAGAUCAUCCUGGCCAUCCAGCAGCUGGCGCGAGAGCUCAAAGUCGCCAAGCGCACGCCGCCCAAGAUGUUCUCGGCCCCCGCGGACAUGGUGGCGCACGUGCGGCAAUUCUCCUCUGAGAAGAUUUACGCCGUUUUCACUGAUGCCACACAUGACAAGAUUUCGAGAGACGAAGCCAUCAACAAGAUUCGCCGGGAAACCGAGGAGUACCUGAAAGAGAAAUUUCCUCAAGCCGAACCUUUUGAAGUCAUCGAGUCCUUCAACACUGUGAGCAGGGACAUCUUUAGGAAUUUAGUGCUCAACGAAUACAGAAGGUGUGACGGCAGAGAGUUAACGGCGUUGAGAGACAUCUCCUGCGACGUAGACCUCUUCAAACCGCUUCACGGAUCGGCUUUGUUCCAGAGAGGACAAACGCAGGUACUGUGUAGCAUCACGUUUGAUUCGCUGGAAUCCAGCAUUAAAGCGGACAUCAUCACCACGGCGUUGAGUGGCAUCAAGGACAAAAACUUUAUGCUCCAUUACGAGUUCCCGCCCUACGCCACCAACGAGAUCGGCAAGAUGGGAGGUCUCAACAGGCGAGAGCUCGGACACGGGGCCCUGGCGGAGAAAGCGCUGCGCCCUGUCAUCCCCAAAGACUUCCCUUUCACCAUCAGGGUGACGGCCGAGGUGCUGGAGUCCAACGGGUCUUCGUCCAUGGCCUCAGCGUGCGGAGGCAGCCUGGCACUCAUGGACGCAGGCGUUCCCAUCUCGUCGGCCGUGGCCGGCGUGGCCGUGGGCCUCGUCUCCAAGUGCAACCCCGACAAGCCCUCAGAGAUCCAAGACUACAGACUGCUCACUGACAUUCUGGGAAUAGAGGAUUACCUUGGCGACAUGGACUUCAAACUUGCAGGAACAAACAAAGGCAUCACUGCGUUACAGGCGGAUGUGAAGAUUCCUGGUCUUCCUCUCAAGGUGGUCAUGGAGGCCAUCCAGCAGGCCACAGUGGCAAAGCGGGAGAUCUUGGGCAUCAUGAACAAGAGUUUGGCAAAGCCCAGGACGAGCAGGAAGGAGAACGGGCCGGUCGUCGAGAAGGUACGCGUGCCCGUGUCCAGACGGGCUCGCUUCGUGGGCCCGGGAGGAUACAACCUUCGGCGGUUACAAGCUCAAACGGGCGUAACCAUCAGUCAGGUGGACGAGGAGACCUUCUCCGUGUUUGCUCCCACACCGGGAGCGCUGAGCGAGGCGCAGGACUUCAUCAGCGAGAUCUGCAGAGACGACCAAGAGCAGCAACUGGAGUUUGGCGCCAUCUACACCGCCACCAUCACUGAAAUAAGGGACAUUGGCGUUAUGGUGAAGCUCUAUCCCAACAUGAGCGCCGUCCUGCUGCACAACUCCCAGUUGGACCACAAACGAAUCAAACAUCCAAGUGCUUUGGGGUUAGAAGUGGGUCAUCAGAUUCAGGUGAAGUAUUUCGGACGGGACCCCACGGAUGGCAGGAUGCGCCUCUCGCGCAAAGUGCUCCAGUCUCCCGCCGCCGCCAUGGUCAAGACGAUGAGCGAGAAGCAGAGCAUCUCCAUGGAGACAGCCGCAAACAAUGCAAGCAAUGCCGGACCGUGAGCAAGCGGCCCACACGAGAAGGAAACGGAACCGCUGGAUGUGACGCUUGAACGCACAACUGGAGGAAGUUAUACAUUGUGCUCUCUUUACUGUGGCAAAGAAGGAACAUGAUGGACAAAAAUCAACGGUGUAAAAUAGCACUACUUUUUUUUUUUUUAAAUAUGACUAGUAUAUUGUGUUUUCAAUUGCAACGUAUGGAAAUCCUGUGUGAAUAAAGUUUUAGGAUGACUG